AUGGCGUCACCGAGACUCGACAAACUGCCCGAUGAGCUCAUCGUCGAGCUCGCUCGGCAUCUGUGGCUCGGCGACAUGAGCCAUCUGGCGCGAUUCAACCGCUGGCUAUACCAGAUCCUCGAUCCAAUUUUGUACAUGAUGGACGCGAAGCCGUACAACCAGUACGCGCUGUUCUGGGCCGCGGAGCACAACCUGCUCACAGUGGCUGAGCGUGCGCUGCGUGCAGGCACGCCGGUCCAGCCGCACAACGAUGUUCCUUCCCCUUUGCGUCCGUUUGGUCGAAUUCUUACAGGACAAGAGCUCAAGGCAGCUACGAAGUCCUCGAAUUUCUCACGCCGCACUACACCGCUCGACAUCGUCGCAGAGGCAGGACACUGCGCAAUCGCGGCUCUGCUGCUGCGAGACCCGAGGCUGAUUAGAUCUUUUGAUGUAGAGCUAGCCAUUCACUCAGCAGCAGUGAACGACCGAGCAGAAAUGGUAGAUAUGCUUCUAUGGCAUGUGGAGCAGGUUCACAAGGAAUGCAUGUCGCAUAUGAUCGGUUGCGCGUUUAUCGGAGCAGGACUGCACCAAAGUGUAGCCGUAUUGAAACUGCUAGUAGAAAACGGAGCGCGUCUUGCGGUUAUAUCGAGAGAGAGUUACUCCCUAUACCAGAUGAAUUAUGCGGGGACCGGUCACGAUGAACUCUGGGAUCUUUUCUCGUCUAUUCGACCGCUAGAGCUGGUGCCGGAUCAUCGCAUACAAAGACAAGAUCUACGGUCCAACCUUACCGCGAGAGUCACCGGAAAGGGGUCUAGAGGCAUCGUUGAACUCGUCGAGACAUUCACCAGACUUGGUUUUGAUUGUAAGUGCAAGGGAGAGCUUGCAUGGAUGCUAAGGAUGGCCCUCCGGAGAGACAACGUUCCCCUCAUGGAGCUCUUACUCAGCUACUCGUCUGAUGAGCAAAAUGAACUGGAGAAGUUAGUUGCAGUUAUAUAUUUGCGGUUUCGUCUGGGUCCUAAGGUUUGCGGGCGGCUGCUAGCUCGUGGAUGUCGGCCUGGCGUCUGGGACCGGGCUUUUGCGGGGGCUCUAAAAGAACGAGACAUCAAGGAAGCUCGGGUGUUGCUCUCCAUGGUGGACGGUAUUCCUGCGUCUAUACGUUAUCGCGGAGGAGAGAUGCUAGAAGCUGCCUGCUCCAUGAAUUUUCUUGAACUUGCUCAACUUGUGCCGUCGUCUCGUUCAACGGCAGAGAGACGGAAGCUCGUACAAGAUGCAGGGCCGAAGCUCACCAGAAAAAGAAGCCUUUUAAUAUCAUUGAUGAAUCCUAGACCCGAAGGGCAAGAAAUAUGUCUCGAAACCGCACGAUUGGUGCUUGAAGCCGGAGCUGAUCCGAAUUCAAAGACAUCUUGGUCCGAGUCGCCGCUCAAAACGGCAUGCGAAAAAGGCAUGCCGAGGCUUGCUCGGCUGUUGCUGAAAUAUGGCGCGAAUCCCCUACAGGCAACACCAAACGGGCUUACGAUUCUCCAUAUUGCGUGCAGAUAUUGCCCCAAUCUUGCUUUCAUAGAAGAAUUGCUUAAGCGUGGCGCAGACGUUAUGGCCAGAUGCGGCCUUGGGUCUACGCCGCUUCAUCAAUUGUGCUACGCGAGUUCGAAAGAGAAGGAAAUGGGCCCAAUGGCCAGAUAUCAAGUUGCCAGAUUGUUGAUUUCCAAGGGCGCCGAUCCGAACGCAAUUGAUGAGCUUGGCACCACACCCCUUCAUUUUGCCUGCAGCAACGGAUCAUUAUCUAGAAUGGGCCCCGAAGAUGCCAAAGUUGUCGUUGUUUUGUUGGAGCACGGCGUCGAUAUUGAGCAGCUGAACGGUUCAGAUGAGAGACCUCUGUUCGUUGCUCGCUCGAGUUUGAAUCACUCUGUUGCUUCUAUUUUGCUGGAGAAAGGAGCUGACCGGUCCCGAGAAACGUUGCGCGGUUUCGGGAAGCGGUAUCUUGGAUUUGAUUUGAAUGCCAGCCUCGAUGCGUACGCGCACGAGAUGGUGAAGCUAUUACUUUUCCACGGGGUCGACCGAGUGUUUGUCAUGGAGGAGAUGAUGGACUUUGGCUACUCGGGGCGCCUCUACGAGACAUUUCGGCUGCUGCUGAUGCACGGAGUAGACGUUGAGAUAGACAAGCUACCAUUUCGAAAUAAAAAGAGGCCCUCGCGCACGAAAAAGUUGGCAGAGGCACUGGCAUGGGAUACUCGGACGUAA